UUCCAGUGUUGUUCGUCUCCUCAAACCUCUUCUUUAUCUCUGGAAAAGAAUAAGCUCUUGCUGGUUGCCGGAGCCUCCACCGGCAAGAAUCUCGGCCUCUUCUGCUUCAACGAAGAUGACACCGAAGCCCUGCUCAGCCAGGUUUCCACGGUGAACCCUCCCAUGCGUGACGGCCCCAAACAUGCUAACCCUAACCCUUUUUCCCCGAGCUCCAAUCAGCACUGAUUCUGUUGGAUCCGACGAAGACGGCGAGGCCGGACUCUUCUGCUUCCUCUCUUUUGCCAGAGCUGCUCACCAUCUCCUCCUAGUUGUGCAUGGUUGGAAUCUGUUGCAGCUGCAAGAGACGAAGCCCGUCGUGUACCACUGCUCGCUGCUUGCCUGAAGCUUUCCUCUGCUCUGCUCUGCUCCGCUGCACCUUCUCAAGCGCAGCAAGUCCAUCGCCGCACCAAGAAGUUCCCGCUCUCUCCUCGACCUCGCCAUCUCCUUUGACUCUGUGAUUCCAAAUUUGGGUUGUUGGUGGCAGGGACGCAAAUUGAGGCUGUGAUUUUGGUCAAUGGAGUGUAUUGCAUCUUUUAAGAUAUUCCAAGGAUUUCAUAGAGCGAAUUGGUCUUUUCGUGCAGCUGGUUCUGAUGUUGUCAGCAUGAAAUGCAGGCUGAUCGUGUUGAUGGAUGCUACGUACUUAAUGGAAACAAGAAUUAUAGCACAUUUGACUAAUAGUCUAGACAGAUGCUGAGAAUGGAUAGCACAUUUGAUAUAUUGAACUGAAUCGGGUUGUCUAUGCAAAGACAGACAUAACAGCUGUGUCAAUAGGAAUCACUGCAUUCAUCAUUGAGAAGGGAAUGCCGGGAUUCAGCACAGCCCAGAAAUUGGAUAAACUUGGAAUGCGAGGAAGUGAUACAUGUGAACUCUUGUUUGAGAAUUGCUUGGUUCCUGAAGAAAAUGUUCUUGGGGAAGUAGGAAAAGGAGUCUAUGUCAUGAUGGCUGGGUUGGAUCUGGAGAGACUUGUUUUGGCAGCUGGUCCCCUUGGUAUCAUGCAGGCAUAUCUUGAUGUGAUCCUUCCUUAUGUUCGACAAAGAGAGCAGUUCGGUCGUCCCAUCGGGAAUUUCAGUUUAUACAGGAUUGUGCUGGAAUUAUACUUACUGCUGCUGAGAGUGCAACCCAAGUUGCUUUGCAGGCAAAACAAUGUUUGGGAGGAAAUAGAUAUGUGAAUGAGUAUCCAACUGGUCGUCUUCUGAGAGAUGCCAAACUAUAUGAGAUUGGUGCAGGAACUAGUGAGAUCAGAAGAAUGAUUAUUGGACGUGAACUCUUCAAGGAGCAGUGGUGAAAUGUUCAUUAUGUAACAGUAAAUUUCAUUCAUCAAAGGGGACUAAAAUUAGUCAUGAGAAUCCAUUGUUAAUAAAGGAAAGCUAUUUUUACCAAAAAUGUUUCAUCUGUUAUUUGUAGUUAAUUUCUGAAGCUGAAAAAUGAUCACACCACCAAACACAUUCAUAACAAUA